UGUACUUUAGUGUUUUCUUGCGAGAGAGAGACAUGAAUGGGGAGGGAAGAGGAGAGGAAAUGGAGGUGGAGGUGGAGGAGGUUGGGAGGGAGCAGUUGGUUUACAUGUGGGGAUAUCUUCCUGGAGCUUUACCGCAGAGGUCACCGAUUUUGUCUCCGGUAGUUAUUCGGAGUCCUGCAUUCGUGGAUUCCACAGGGCAUGCGUGGAAGGAUGUUUGCGGAGGGGGUUGUGGUUACGCGAUGGCGAUUUCUGAGUCUGGAAAACUCAUAACGUGGGGUUCAACAGAUGAUCUAGGUCAAAGCUAUAUCACAUCUGGGAAGCACGGGGAAAUCCCAGAGCCUUUCCCUCUUCCAACUGAAGCUUCUAUUGUAAGAGCUGCAGCAGGUUGGGCCCAUUGCAUUGCAGUUACUGAUAGUAGAGAAGUUUAUACUUGGGGAUGGAAAGAGUGUAUUCCUUCUGGAAAGGUGAUUGGCUAUCCGUCGACUGGGGCAACAUUAGAAAAAGAUGCAUUUGAAAGCCAAAAUGUAUUUUCAACAGAACAAGUGAGCCCCAAAUCACAAGGCUCACGAUCCAGCGGUGGAACGUUGACUAGUAUUGAUAGUAGAGGAGGGGGAGAAGACAGUACAAAGCGAAGGAGAAUAUCAGCAGCGAAACAAGCAGCUGAAAGCUCAUCAUCAGGUGAUGAAACUCUCUCAGCGUUGCCUUGUCUUGUUGCAUUGAACCCUGGUGUGAGGAUCACCACUGUUGCUGCUGGCGGGCGGCAUACCUUAGCAUUGUCAGAUGUAGGACAAGUGUGGGGUUGGGGCUAUGGAGGUGAAGGGCAGCUUGGUUUAGGCUCUAGGAUACGAAUGGUGUCCUCUCCACAUCCUGUGCCUUGCAUCGACCCCUCUUCAUACGCGAAAGAUAGAACUGCAGCACUUACUUGGGGAAGCAUGAGUUCGGAGGGACAGGGUUUUAGGGUUCCUGGAACUUGUGUAAAGGUGAUUGCUUGUGGAGGGAGACAUAGUGCAGUAAUAACAGAUGCUGGAGCGGUCCUUACUUUUGGAUGGGGCCUCUAUGGACAGUGUGGGCAAGGAAGCACAGAUGAUGAGUUAAGCCCAACUUGUGUAUCUUCCUUACUGGGGAUCCAGAUAGAAGGUGUUGCAGCAGGAUUGUGGCACACUGUCUGCAUUUCUGCAGACGGUGAUGUGUAUGCAUUUGGUGGGAAUCAGUUUGGUCAAUUGGGAACUGGGGGUGAUCAAGCUGAGACUCUCCCUAGGCUCCUGGACACUCCAAAUUUGGAAAAUUUGCAGGCAAAGGUUAUCUCUUGUGGGGCUCGUCACAGUGCUGUACUCACUGAGGACGGAAAAGUGUUCUGCUGGGGAUGGAACAAGUAUGGACAGCUAGGCCUUGGAGACGUGAUCGAUCGCAAGAUUCCCUCCCAGAUCACUAUUGAGGGUUGUGUCCCAAAAAAUAUUGCUUGUGGCUGGUGGCACACCCUUCUUCUGGCUGAGUCACCGACAUGAGCAGCUGACUUCCUACAAACCCUGGCGCAGUUUUGUUAGGUUUGGCAGUUCUUUCUGUUUAUAUACAAAGUUAUAUGUAUAUAUGUAUCUGCGAGGUUUGCAUAUACAUAUAUGCUUGUUCUAAUUCUUUCACGGCUGGGGUUCAUUGUGCUUUAACAUCACAGCAAGAGUAACAUAGUGCUUCCCGGAUGUACCAUAUUGGUUAGAUCCAUUGUGUAUAUUUUUUAUUUGCACAUUUUGAAUUAUCUAAUACAAUUGAGAUAUUAUAAAGUAUUUAUGUUAAUUCUAUUUUGCAUUUGGGAAAAAAA